ACUAUAUGGCUGUAGGCGAGCUCCUAAGGACAGGGCCUUUGUUUUACCCCGUACUAUAAUUUGUUUACUGCGUUAGUACUCCGUAAUUCCGUAUUAAGAAAUUGUACGAUGAAAGAGUAUCCGGGAUUGAGUUUGCCACCAAACCAAAUGCGGCGGUGUCGUGCAUUGGGGACUUCCACGUCCCUGGGUUAUGACGAACGAAUUAAGGCACACCGAAUGCACUUGACGACGACGAACAGGAGAAAUUAGUGAAUUUGAAGGUUUAUCAAGUAAAAGAAAUGAGUGAAUUUGAAGGUUUAUGAACUGAAUUUGUGAAUUUGCUUAUUUUGGUUGGAAUCGAAACAAAUAAUUGAGUGAAAUGUCAAUUCUCCGCAGACUCUUCCAUCGCAAGCCACCUGAUGGACUCCUGGAGAUUUCUGAGAGAAUCUAUGUCUUUGACUGUUGUUUUACUACCCACUCCUGGGGAGAGAAGAGCUAUAGAGGUUACCUAGCAGGCAUAGUCAGUCAGCUGCAAGACCAAUUCCCAGAUGCUGCGUUGUUGGUUUUCAAUUUCCGCAAGGCAGAGCUAGUGGAGACCUCAAUUUCAAGGAUUAUGUCUGAAUAUGAUAUCACCGUUAUGGAUUAUCCAAGGCAUUAUCAGGGUUGCCCUAUCCUUUCAAUGGAGCUGAUCCACCACUUUCUGCGUUCAACUGAAAGUUGGCUUGCACUCGGCCCACACAAUAUACUGUUAUUGCAUUGUGAAACAGGUGGUUGGCCCCUCCUGGCUUUUAUGCUUGCUGCACUUUUGCUUUAUAAGAAACAAUACACUGGGGAGCAGAAAACCCUGGAUAUGGUCUACAAGCAAGCUCCUCGUCAGCUUUUGCCAAUAUUCUCACCUUUAAAUCCCAUCCCAUCGCAGCUUCGCUACCUACAAUAUGUUUCUAGGAGAAAUGUUGCUUCGCAGUGGCCUCCCUUGGACAGGCCGUUGACUCUGGAUUGUAUAAUUUUCAGACGUAUUCCUGAUUUCAAUGGAGAGGGGGGUUGUUGUCCUUCAUUUCGGAUUUAUGGACAGGAUCCUCUUAAUGCAGAGGAUCGAACUCCAAAAUUACUCUUCUCAACUCAACAAAAGAGCAAAGCUAUCCGUUUAUAUAAGCAGGCUGAAUCUGAGCUUGUUAAAAUUGAUAUCAACUGUAAUAUCCAAGGUGACGUUGUUCUUGAGUGUACAAGCCUCCAUAGGGAUAUGGAGCAUGAAGACAUGAUGUUCCGUAUCAUGUUCAACACGGCUUUUAUAAGGUCCAAUAUUUUAAUGCUUAAUCGAGAUGAAAUUGAUACACCGUGGGACACUAGGGAUCAGUUUCCAAAGGACUUUAGAGCAGAGGUUCUACUUUCAGACAUGGAUGCUUCUGCUUCUAUUAUUGCUGCAAAUCUGUCGUGCUUUGAGGAAAUGGAGGGUCUUCCAAUGGAAGCAUUUGCUAAAGUUCAGGAGCUUUUUAGUAAUGUGGAUUGGCUAGAAUCAAGAGCUGAUAUCUCUCAAAGUGUGAUACAAAAAGUUUUGGCAUCACACAGUUCCCCUGAAUGCUUUGGCUUUGCUACUGUUCCAGAUGCUGCGACUACUGGCCCUAAGAAGUCAAAGGAAGAGCAGAAAUAUUACAAUUUUUGUAAUUCUGAGGACAAGGAUGAUCAGGAAUUUCUUUGUCAAAGAGUAUCGAAGGUUUGCAAUCUAGGCCAGCAUAGUCAUGGCUUGAACAAUUUUCAGACUCUGCAGCUUGGAUAUCAGCCUAGGGAAAUUGCUCAAACUGAGUUCUGUUCAGAAGCAAAGAUGCUUUCAACCACUCCAUGUGUUCCCCGGAAAAAAGAUUUUAGGAGUCCCGAUGAUGUAAAAGGUGGUAUAAUAGCAUCAAGAGUUUCAGAGACAACCCCUUCUCUGGUGCCUGUACGGGCAGUACCCCUUCUUUUUUCAAAUAAUGCUUCACUCUCUUUUCCUAUGCAAUUUCCUCAGCAAUCUCAUGUAGCAGAGUCAGAAAAGGACUUGUUUCAGGAAUGUGCCUAUCCAGGCCCUGAAGAUGCAUCAAGACCAUCAACAAUUACUCAGUCAUCUCUGACUGCUUUAGGAAGCAAGGUCCCAACAUUCAGAGGUGGCAGGGGGCCACCUCCAGUUAUACAACCAUCUAUCGAUUAUAUACAUGAGGAUUCUAGUGUUAUGGACAAAUGUCGACCUGAAUUCUCAUCUCCCCCAGAAACUUCUUUAAGAAAGGAUUGUUUCGAAAUAUUAACUUCAUCACUUCCAUCCCCUCCAAGAUCACGUGUCAAUCCUUCAAGACUAGAAUCAACCCUUAAAUAUCCUUCUAGGCCAGAACCUCCUCCUCCUCCUCCUCCUCCUCCUCCUCCUCUUGCUGCUGCUACUGGUACUGCUCCACUACAUCCUCCAACACCUUCUCUAAAUGAAAAAUCAGCUAUUGAUGCUGAGGUUUAUUUACCACCUCUACCAAAUGUAUCUCCCCAGACUUCAGUUAAGUUGGCAGAAUUUGGACCUCUUUCAUCCCAGCCCCCACCAUAUAAAGACAGUGCAGCCAAGUCUCUCCAUUCCCCUCCUGCACCUCCUUUAAAAGAGGAUAAUGGAAAAUCUGGACCUACCCCAGCCCUACUUCUGCCUCAGAAGUCGGGUUCUUCAAGGUCAUUUCCAGCACCACUGUCGCCUCCACCUUCACCUCCACCUCCACCUCCACCUCCACCUCUUCAAUAUCAGCAACCACAGGUUUCCUCGUCUGUUCCUUGUCCUCCUCCUCCCCCUGUUGGUUUAAACAAAACUUCAUCGAAGAUGGGUACUAAUCCAGCUCCAGCAACGCCUUUAAGUUCUGUUAACGGGAAGGGACGAAGUAUGUCACGUUCCUUAGGACCAAAAAGCUCCCAAACCAGAAAAUUAAAGCCAUUGCAUUGGUUGAAGCUGAAUAGAGCAGUACAAGGAAGUCUUUGGGCGGAAUCUCCAAAGGCUGGAGAAACCUCAAUUGCUCCGGAGAUUGACAUGUCAGAACUGGAGAAUCUCUUCUCUGCUUCAGUACCAAAUUCAGAUCAAGGAACUACUGGUGGAAAGUCUAGGCGUCUUGGAGCUCCAAUUUCUGAUAUAGUGCAACUGAUUGAUCAUCGGAGAGCUUAUAAUUGUGAGAUUAUACUCUCAAAAGUAAAAGUUCCAUUAAAAGAACUGAUGGCUUCAGUCCUUUCUCUAGAAGAUUCUUCUUUGGAUAUUGAUCAAGUUGAGAACCUCAUAAAGUGUUGCCCGACAAAAGAGGAUAUGGAGUUACUUAAAGGAUACAGAGGAGAGGUUGGUAAGCUUGGGAAGUGUGAACAGUUCUUUUUAGAAUUAAUGCAAGUGCCAAGAGUUGAGGCUAAGCUACGAGUUUUCUCGUUUAAGAUGCAGUUCCGUACUCAGGUUUCUGAACUUAGAAAGAGCCUCAACAUCGUGAAUUCUACUGCAGAUCAGAUCAGAAGUUCGGUGAAACUCAAACGAAUUAUGCAGACAAUUCUAUCCUUGGGUAAUGCGUUGAACCAGGGUACAGCUAGGGGCUCUGCUGUUGGUUUUCGGCUUGAUAGCCUGCUGAAGCUCACCGAAACUCGUGCACGUAAUAACAAGAUGACUCUAAUGCACUAUCUUUGCAAGGUAAUCUCUGAGAAACUUCCGGAGGUCCUAGAUUUCUCCAAGGAUUUUGCUAGCAUUGAACCAGCUACGAAGAUCCAAUUAAAUUUUUUGGCAGAGGAGAUGCAAGCCGUUAACAAAGGACUGGAGAAGGUUGUGCAGGAAUUGUCCAUGUCGGAGAAUGAUGGUCCCAUCUCAGAUGCAUUUCGAAAGAAUCUCAAGGAGUUUCUCUGUUUUGCUGAGGCGGAGGUGCGCUCGUUGGCAUUACUUUACUCUGGUGUUGGUAGAAACAUUGACGCUUUAAUAGUGUACUUCGGGGAAGAUCCUGCUCGUUGCCCAUUUGAACAAGUUGUCAUGACUCUACUCAAUUUCACGAGAAUGUUCAACCAAGCGCAGGAGGAGAACUGCAAGCAACAUGGAGUUGGGAAAAAAAACUGAAAAGGAUAUAGGAAGCCAAAAUUAAGAGCUCAAAAGGAAUCUCAUAUUUGAUUUUUAAUCCUUCCAUGAGUAGAAAUAUUAGGUGAAUAAGAACCUGAGUGGUGGUAUAGAGCAAAGGGUGUAAGGUUUUUAUAUGGGCGGGGUUGAGGUUGAGUAAGGGGUCUGAGCUACUAUUGACGCAGAAGAACUGUUGUAGUGAUUUAGCAGCUGCCACUCGACUUUGUCAGGAGAGAAGGUUUUACUAGUAUUGUGCUUUUGUAGGCCUGUUGCUGUGCUAUUUCACUGCCCAAGAUAUCAACAGGCCAUUAGAGUUAGCAAAUUGUACUUGAGUGAAAUAAUUUACUGUAUAUAUUCCAAUUCAUUGGUAUUACAAGUUGCGUGUA